GCGACCAGAGGGGAGAUUAUGGUCACAUGUUCGCUCGUACAGCAAUGGUCGAGUUCCUGCUGUGGCAUGCGAGUGUGGCGCUUCUGCUUCGGAACAAUGGCGAAACCAACACCAACGGACGGAGUGUUAUUCGCCGGCCUGAGCUGCGUCGUCGGCGUCGCUUGCAGGCACCUUCUCCGAGGCACUCGCGUCCCUUACACCGUAGCCCUGCUCCUCCUCGGCCUCGCCGUCGGCUCUCUGGAGUUUGGUGCGAGUCUACCGUUAGGGGCACUGGGGAAUGCAAUCCGCCUUUGGGCAGAUAUUGAUCCCGAUCUCUUGUUGGCAGUCUUUCUUCCUCCUCUUCUUUUCGAGGGCUCAUUUUCUAUGGACAGCCACCAAAUCAAGAAAUGUAUGGUACAGAUGCUUUUCCUUGCAGGCCCAGGCGUCAUUAUUUCGACAUUUUGCAUCGGAUGUGCUCUGAAGCUUACUUUUCCAUAUGAAUGGAGUUGGCAAACAUCUUUACUGCUGGGGGCAAUUUUGAGUGCAACUGAUCCUGUGGCUGUUGUUGCCUCAUUGAAAGAGCUUGGAACAAGCAAAAAAUUGAGUACAAUCAUUGAGGGAGAAUCAAUGAUGAAUGAUGGGGCAUCAGUUGUGGUAUAUCAGUUCUACAGAAUGGUGCUUGGCUGGCACUUGAAAUGGGCGGACAUAUUCAAGUUCUUGACUGAAGCAACGGUUGGAGCUUUUGGCUUGGGUAUAGCUUUUGGCAUUGUGUCAGUAUAUUCUGGGUUUAUGCACAAUGAUUCUGAGAUAAAUCUGGCUUUGACGCUUUCUGCGAGCUACAUUUCUUACUUUACGGCUCAGGAAGUUGCUGACAGUUCUGGCAUCUUAACAGUGGUCACUCUAGGAAUGGUUUUUGCUGCAGUUGCUAGGAUUACAUUCAAAGGUAAUUGUCAACAGAGCUUGCAUAACUUUUGGGAGGGGACAGCCUACAUUGCCAAUAUGUUGAUUUUCAUAUUGAGCGGAGUGAUCAUGGCCAAGGGUUUUUUCUGCUCUGACAAUAAUGCCAAAACUGGGAGCUCCUGGGGCUAUCUCUUUCUUCUUUAUGUCUUUACUCAAGUUGCACGAGCCAUAGCUGUGGUUACUCUCUAUCCUCUUAUACAGUAUUUUGGAUAUGGUUUGAGCUGGAAAGAAGCUGUCCUUGUCUUUUGGUCUGGUCUGAGAGGAGCAGUUGCAUUAUCAAUGGCCCUAUCAAUCAAAGAUGCCAGCAAUGCCACACCAUACAUAAGUUCAGAAACAGGAAACCUGUUCCUUUUUCUCACUGCUGGCACUGUGUUUCUGACACUUGUUGUCAAUGGGUCUACUGCGCAAUUCUUGCUUAGUUUCUUUGGCAUGGAUGAGCUAUCAGAGAUGGAGAAACUCACAUUGGACUACACAAAGUACAAAAUGAUGGACGUAGCUCUAGGGGCUCGUGAGAAUCUCCAAAAUGAUGAUUUGGGGCCUUUUGAUUGGUUCACUGUCAAAAGUUACAUGAUGUCCUUAAAUAACAUGGACUUGGAAGGUGUGCACCCUCACACUGUUUCUACCUGCAGCAGUAACCUGGCCCAGAUAAAUUUACAAGCAGCUCGAGCAUGCCUUUUAAGGGCUGCUCAGGCUGCUUACAAGAGGAUGCUUGAUGAUGGAUGGGUAACUCAAACUACGGCAUAUCUUUUGAUGGGCUCAGUUGAUGAUGCAAUCGAUUCAGUUUCGAGAGAGCCUUUGUGUGACUGGAAAGGCUUGAAACUUCAUAUUGAUUUUCGGAAUGAUUAUAAGUGCUUUGGCAGAGGCAUUUUCCCACAAAAGCUGGUCAACUAUUUGUCCCUAAAGAAACUAAAAUUCGCAUGUUAUACCUGCAGUGCAUUUCUUCGAGCCCACAAGAUUGCAAGGAGAAAAAUUCUUGAAUAUAUGGGUGAAAGUAACAUUAUAGCUGAAGUCAUUAGUGAAAGUGAAGCAGAAGAAACGGAAGCCAGAAAGCUUUUAGAAGACAUUCUUCUCGCAUUUCCUGAGGUUUUACGAAGUGUGAGAACAAGUCAAGUUACGUGUUCACUGCUGAAUAAUUUAGAAGAUUACAUUCAGAAUCUUGGCAAAGAUGGUGUCUUGGAAGAUAAAUUGUUGCUUCAUCUUCAUGAGCUUGUCCAGAGUGAUUACAAGAAACUGUUAAGGUCUCCUCCUCGCAUAAAGGUUCCCAGGGCAAGAGACGUGAUAAGUCAGCAUCCUUGUCUUGGUAGUCUUCCAUAUCAGGUUUGCCAGGCUCUAGAGAAUUCUGUGAAGGAAACAGUCAAGCCCCAGGGAAUGGUACUUUCAGAGAAGGGAUGCAUGCCAAGGUCUUUGUUUCUUAUUGCAAAUGGUCUAGUUAAGUCUGAAGUGAGGCAUCCCAAUAGCCCCCAUGGUCUAUAUACGACUUUUCCUCAAGGAUGUAUCAUGGGCCUCUAUGAGUUGCUGUCUGGGAAAACUUAUUUCUGUGAUUUGACUUCAGAUACCAUGGUACUCUGUUACAUGAUCGAAGUCAAAGUGUUACUUCCACUGGUGAGAUCGAUUCCCGAAGUUAAGAAUAUACUCUGGGAGGAGUGCAUCGUAGUUUUGGCCAAACUUUUGCUCACCCAAAAGUUCGAGAAGACAUCAACACCUGAUCUAAGAACUUUUCUUCUUGAAAGAUCUUCAAUGAUCACCUACAUAGCGGGAGAAGCUGUGGAAAUUCGGAACGAGACAAUUGGCUUCCUGUUGGAAGGAUUAUUGCGAACUCCAGAUCUCCCUUCAGUGGCUGUGGAAUCUCCGGCUGCGCUGUUGCCUUCACAGGAGAGUCCAAAUUCUUCCACACCAGAAGCACCAGGCUCUACAAUGUCUGGCUUUUGUCAUUACGGAUCCCGGUAUCAAGUUGAGGAAACAGCGACGAUCGCGCAUGUUGAUAUGUCGGGUUGGUGCAUUUGAUGGUCCAAUUUCAGGAACAUCGAGGAUGAGUUCCUAGCAGCAGCAGUGCCGACUGCUGAGGAC